GGCUCUCCACCCUCUUCCUGUCUUUCUCUGCUUCUCUGUCACUGUUACUCCAGGAGACGUUCACUUUUCACCAACCUUUCUCCAAGCAUCUCCAAGCCACUGACUAUAUAUAUUUUGCUACAAGAGCCCUAGAAGAGGAGAAAAGCAGGAGACUUUUCAACACAUCGUUUAAAAAAAAUCAACAACGAGUUUUUCAAAAUGUUUGAGAACAAUUAAAAGGAAAAGGCAUUUUUGAUCUGUCAACUAAGUGAACAAUCAUUCAUGUCACCCACAUUCUGAGAUACCGUUCCUCGAUGUGGGCACCGGCGAGGUGGCAACUGCUCCUGCAUUUUUGAAUGUAAUAAACAUUUGCUGCUUUUAAUAUUUUCCGGAAAUCCCCCCUCGCUAUUCCCUGGAAUUUUAACUCUAAAAGAUUGGAGAAAAGAUUAUCGAAAGGGCUUUUGCAAGCCUCCAAAAUGAUGCUGAGUCCGGACCAAGCCGCCGACUCGGACCACCCCAGCUCGGCGCACUCGGACCCGGAGUCGCUGGGAGGCGCGGACGCCAAGGUGCUGGGCAGCGUGUCGGACCUGGAACCGGUGGAGGAGGCCGAGGGCGAUGUCAAAGGCGGCAGCCGCGCCGCACUCUACCCGCACCCGCAGCAGCUGAGCCGGGAGGAGAAGCGCCGCCGCAGGCGGGCCACGGCCAAGUACCGUUCGGCCCACGCCACCCGCGAGCGCAUCCGCGUGGAAGCCUUCAACCUGGCCUUCGCCGAGCUCCGCAAACUGCUGCCCACGCUGCCCCCGGACAAGAAGCUGUCCAAGAUCGAGAUCCUGCGUCUGGCCAUCUGCUACAUCUCCUAUCUCAACCACGUCCUGGACGUGUAGGGCAGGGGGCGCCGCGGGAGGCCGCCUGUCCCAGCGUUCGCGAAAGGCGACCGAUCCAGGCUGCCGCCACUGGCAUGGCCAAGGUGGCGACGGCCCAGCGGGACGGCCUCCGGGAGACACUUGGACCGGGGAAGAAGCUCACAGCCUGUUCUCUCUGGUCAGUGGGACAACAGGGGAAGGU